CUAGGGUGCUAACAGCUGUUAAUGUCUAGCUUAAACCAUUAGCCGUUUUUUCUUCCAAUCACUCGCCGGAAAUAUACAUUUUUUAGUAAAUUAGUUUUCAAAUUGUAGAAAUAUAAAACUUACAAAUUCUUUAAGUACUGAUAACGUAUCAUACAGUGCUUGCUGUUAAGCACAUUACAGUCGUCUGUUAGGCUCUGUGUGUUUUUGCUGCUGUUGCUGUUUGGUGCUGCUAACAGUUUUUUUGCUAUAUAAAAAAAUAGAAAAUAGAAACAACGGCAGCGUCACGACGAGAGACAGAGGAUGAAGAGUUUGGACGAAAUAAAGUCGGAAUAUCCGCUGCACUGGCAGAUCUGGAACGGCAAUGUAGAGGAACUGCAGCAAGAGCUACAAAACGAGCAGAUUGAUAAGGAAAAAAUCGAUCCGCGGGGCCGCACACCAUUAAUGCUAGCGGUGCGCAUGGCGAACCUGCAAUGUGUGAAGUGCCUUUUAGCAGCCAAAUGCAAUGCAACUUACGAGCACGCCGGCUGGUCCAUUGUGCAGGAGGCAGUCUGUACUGGCGAUGUUGACAUAUUGACCGCCAUCAUUGAGGUGCGUGACUUGCAGCGUCAUGUCCAACGUGUGACGCACGUGCCCAAGCUGCUGCAGCAUCUGCUCGAUGCACCCGAUUUCUACAUUGAAAUGAAAUGGGAAUUCACAUCGUGGGUGCCGCUGAUGUCGCGACUCUGUCCCAGCGACACCUAUAAAGUGUAUAAGCGUGGCGCCAAUGUACGCAUCGAUACCACCCUCCUGGGCUUCGACAACAACACCUGGCAGAGGGGCAAUCGUUCGUACAUCUUCAAAGGCAGCAAGGACUCUGCCACCAUGAUUGAAAUCGAUCAUGACACGCACGAGGUGAUGGUGGAGCAAAUGAGCAGCGACAUUGGCGACAUUGUAGCCAUUCCGCCUGCCUUGGGCACUGUGCGCGCUCGGCUGGCGGCGCCUGUUAUCACGAACAACAUUGAGAUGGAGAAGAUCAGCUUUGAGCGCAACAAGUCCGGCAUUUGGGGCUGGCGCAGCGAAAAGUCUGAGAUUAUCAAUGGCUACAAUUGCAAGGUGUAUGGGGCCAGCAAUGUGGAGUUUGUGACCAAGACACGCAUGGAUCACUUGACCGAGGAGCAGAUAAAGAAUAAAACUGCACGUACUCCGCUGCACAGUUUGCUGGGCAUCGCUGACGAUGACUUCGGGCCACCCACAACAGAGGCUUCCGCGUCAGCAGCACUUAAAGAGCGCACACCUUCGCCUCGCUUAGUUGAGGCUGCGGCCUGCAACGAUAAUGGCGAUUGCGAUGCCACGACACCAUUGCAUCAGGCCGAAAGCAAUGGUGGCUCCGCUUGUGCAUCGGGCAGCAGCACUCCGCGUUCCUUGAUCACGCCAGAGGAAUACUUUAGCGCUGAGGUAGAUCUGCAGGGUCGAGACGUGGGUAAACCAAAGAAUUUAAGCACAAAGGUGCAACGCUUCAAGGCCAACUUGUGGCUGGCCGAGGAGCAUCCCAUUCGUCUACAGGAACAAGUGCUUCCCAUACUGGAUCUCAUGUCGACGAUGGCCAGUCCGCAUGUGUCCAAACUGAAAGACUUUAUAACCAUGCAACUGCCGGCUGGCUUUCCGGUCAAAGUUGAGAUACCGCUCUUCCAUGUCCUCAAUGCCUGCAUCACCUUUGGCAACGUCUUCGCCAUGACCAUGCCUGUGGAUCAUGUAUCGACGCUGCAGGAGCAGGAUCGUAUCACCUGUUUAGUGGACGAUCGUUGCUUCGAAAUACCCAGUCAUUAUGUCAAUCGGGGCGGCGACGCCCGUCGUCAAAUGCCGCUCGACGAGGACGAUAUGCUGCAAUAUGCUAUCGAGCAGAGUUUGGCGGAAACGAGCGGCACUGGCGGUGCGUGCGGUUUGGAUAACGAUAACGACAAGGUGGAUAUCUGGGAGGUGCUGCGGGGCCAACAUGCUGUGGGCACCGAACUGCUGCCCGAGGAUGACGAGCAGCUGCAACGAGUGUUGCAAGAAUCGCUGUUGGGCGCCCAUGGCAAUGCCAGUGGUUCACCCGUGUCCGAGGAUGAUGACGACGGCGGCUUUCGUUACAUGGACACUGAUCUCGCAAUGGCAAUGCGUCUGUCACAGCAGGAUCAGCAAAAGUACGAACUGGAGCGUCAACGGGAGCAGGAAAUGAUUGAGCAGGCGUUGAAACUGAGUCUGCAGGAGCAUUAGAACUUAUAUUUAAUACCACUGAACCAAGCUGCAAAUCAAAUCAAUUGUAACAAAUCAAUCAGUCGAUCAGUUGAUCAGUCAGUCCAGCAAAGUGUCUCGUCAAUCAAAGUGUAACAAAAGAUCAUGAUCUUUUGUUUCAUAUCAAAAUUGAAACUGUUUAUACUGUAAUUCUGUAAUUCUAAUUUGUAAAUUUAAUGCCUAUGUUGUACAAUAGUUUUAAUUUUUCGAUUAUCUUCUUAUGUAUCGCAAGAUAAUUUCAAACUCUAUCUAUACGGUAAUUAUGCAUCCUUAUUUGUAUUGUGAUAUGUAACUAAAAACCUAAUCUAAAUGCGGAACAAUUUGCCCCAAUUUCUAUAUUAACCCCUUUACCAACUUAAGGUCUCAACUUGGAAACUAACUCUCAACCUACAACAUAAUACAAUAUACAAAAAUAUACAUACAUACAUAU